CUUGUAAGAUUUAUAAGCAUUUUUGCCGUUAAAAUACAACAUUUUAAUGGGCCAGUACUUAAAUUUAAGAUAUGUCCCUGGCCUAUUGCAGCUUUUUUAUGCUUUAUAACCAUGGACGACAACAAGCUGGAGAAACGUGCUGUAGUGUUUAAUGUUAAUUACUACGUCACAAAAUGCAAACCGGUUAUCUGGGGGCACCAACAGAUGUACAAUGGGACGGUCUCUCCCACAGCAGUAAAUCAAACCAAUCCAACCAACCGGCCGCUGCUUAUCAGCCAACGGCAACAUCAAACUUUAGUUGCGAUCGAGACAUCAAACCGAAUGGAAGCAAAUUAGCGGUCGUACAAAAUUUCAGGAGAUAAAAAUUAGAAAUCAAUGUUUAUAAAAAGAAACUAAAAAAAAACAAACAAAAAAACAACGCGAAUUUUAAAAUCAAAAUAAAAUCGAUUAAUAAUUUGAAAUUUUUUAAAGUGAUAACAUAGUUGAACCCUCAACAAAAAUCAUGGAAGUAAAGGGCGAUUUGGAGCAAGAGAAAAUCAUUGACUCUUUACAAACUUGGUUUGAAGAAAACGAUAAAUUGCCCAAUAAAAUAGAUCGUGUCCUCCUCACCCGCUUCUAUUACUGCAUGCAAAAAGAUGUAGAGAAAACCCAAAAGUUACUCGAGACAAAUUACUCCAUGCGAUUUGACAACGCCUACAUUUUUGCAGAUCGUGAUCCCACGGAUGAAGACACCGAAAAUACACUUGCCUUUGCAGACAUUAUUCCACUGCCAGGUCUGACGCCGCAAAGUUAUCGUGUAAUGAUACAUCGUAUAAACAGCUCAGAUCCAAAAAUGAUCCACCAUGCCCAAGACACCAAGACUUAUAUGUUGCUAGCCGAUACACGUUUUAGUCUUCCCGAUGCAGUAAUCGAUGGCGUGCCUGUGCUAGCUAAGGGCGAUGUUCAUGUAACUGAUAUGGCCUGCCACACCAUGGGUCAUAUGCGUCAAAUGUCAUUUAGAGUUCUACGAGCAAUGGUUAAAUUCCUGCAAGAGGCCUAUCCCAUACGGAUAAGAGCCAUUCAUCUGAUCAACUGUCCAUCGUAUAUGAAUAAAAUUAUGUCAAUCAUUAGGCCCUUUGUAAACAAAAGGGUGUUUGAGGUGAUGCAUUUUCACACAGAUGGCUUGGAUGGUCUCUAUGAACACAUACCAAAAGAGAUGUUGCCAGAAGAAUAUGGCGGUAAUGCAGGCACAAUACCAGAAUUAAAGAAAAAAGUCGUUGCAACUAUGAUGGAAAAGAGAGACUAUUUAAUGGAUCCCGAUUACUGGUCGAGGUAGGCACUAUGGCACUGUUAAAAGGAUUUUGUGAUACCCACUAUUGCUUGACCUGAAUAGUAUUUAUGUAGUUUAGCUAAAAUAGUUGAUGAUGAAGUUGAUGACAUAUGAUUUUAUAAAAAUUAUAUAUAAAUGGUUUCUCGUUAUUAAAACAAAUGGU